AUGACAAUUCAACCAAGACACAAACGUGAGCACAUCAUCUCUCAAGACACAAAGAAAACUACUGUCUGACUCUUCAAGAUGGUGAAGGAGAGUGGCAACGGGAGCUCUGUUAUUGGAUCAGAGACGUCACACAGGUGCGGCCUGUCCUGCCUCGGUCCUCUGACCUUCCACCCUCAUGCUGUGGGAGACCUGAUCCGCCUCAGCCAGGGGUGUCGCCUCGCAGAGAGGUCUGGGGCUGCAUUUAAGAAUGGCCUGGUGUUCAGCAGCCGCCCGGUGAAGAUCCAGGAGAGGAUUCGUCUGAGGGUGGAGAAAGAUUCAUUCAACUGGCACGGAGCUCUGCGUGUGGGCUUCACCACUGUGCCGCCCUCAGCCAGAUCUCUGCCUCUGCCCCUCAUGGCCAUCCCCAACCUCACUGACACCCAGGGGCACUGGGCCACUCCUGUGCAUGAAUCCCUCUGCAAAGCAGGUUCAGAGUUGGAGUUCUGGGUCUCUGCUGGGGGCAAUUUAUACGUCACAGGCAACAACAGCAAAGAGCACAAGCUACUAACAGGAGUGGAUCUCAGCCAGCCACUGUGGGCCAUGAUAGACAUCUACGGACAGACACGCUCCAUUUUCCUCCUGGGUUCAGAGAAAAGAAAUCUGUUUCGCACCAGACGGUCCUGUCCUGCACCUGAACGCCUCACCUCAUCUGAUGUUGACAGUCACUACAGUUUGACAUCUGAUGUCUCGAGCCUCUGUGGAAGCAGUGAUGAAUGCAUCUCCUGUCUUGACAUGGACGAAGGUGAAGGCAGCGGCUGUGUGGUGUGCAUGGAAAAACAGGCCAGAAUCACUCUGCCUUGUGGCCACCGGUGUUUGUGUAACCAGUGCGCCUCCAGGGUCUUCCAGCAAUUUGGCACUUGCCCGCUGUGCAGACACAAGAUCAGAGCUCCAUCAGAGGAGGGGAGGUGUGUCUCAGGGCUGCUCUGAGCUCCCAGACACCAGGCAG